CCGUAAAAGAGGCAGUAAGUGGCAAUGCAAUGAAAGAAUAAUUUGGUAAAUAAACAUUACAACGGCUAUUUUCGUCAACGAAGAAGAAUAAUUGUUGCCGCCAUUCAAACAACACAAUCCCAAUUAUCUUAAUCUCUGUUAUAUAAUGAUUCCCACUCAAUUUAAUUCCCCUCACAAUUCAAAUCUCUCUCUCUCUGCGCCAUUCGAAACAUUCAUCGCAGGCUUUCUCUAAUCUCUCUCAAUUUUGCUACUAAUCAAUUCGAUUUGAUUUUUGUUUUCUCUAAUAAUCGGUGUUUGCAGGGUUUUGUUCUGUGGUUUCUUUUCUUUUCAUUUUUUGUGCUACUUUCCAUAUUCUUUUCUGUUCUUUUCUUUUUUUCGUUUUUUCUCUUUACCUAACAAUGGAUGCAGGACCUUUGAGUUUUUCCCCAAUCAUCGAGACACGAUCACGUUACCCUUUUCAGCAACAAUUUCAAAAAAAGAGUUCCAAAGGAAAUUGUGAACACCAUCAGUUGGAUAGGUUCAUACCACCAAAUCGGUCAGCAAUGGAUUUUGAUUAUGCUCACUACUUAUGUUUACUGAGAGGAACAAAGAUCUCCACUCUUAUCCGCCAAAAUAAACCAGCCAAGCCACGAAGAGUUAUUCCUCAGACUUUGGAUGCUCCAGAACUUGUGGAUGACUAUUAUCUCAAUUUAUGGGGAAGCAACAAUUGUUCUUGCAUUGCACUUGGAAGCAUAAUGUAUUUUUGGGAUGCAAAAAAUCAUUCUACUUCGGAACUUGUUACAAUUGAUGAUGAAGAUGACCCUGUCACAUUCGUUAGUUAGGCUUCUGAUCGAUCUAUUGGUUUGAACAACUUUGAAAUACAACUAUUAGCAAUAACACCUUGAAUUCUAAAAGGAUUGAGAUAAAUCACAUGCACACACACAAACAUAAGUGAUUUAAUGAGAUUCAGCAAGUGUGCCUA